AAUUCACUAUACGGUGAGUACCUAAAAUAAAUACAUAAUAUAUACCUGCCUACAUGUACAAUGCUUAAUGCUUCUACAUGUUUUUAAAGGUAAAAAGCUUCAGUAGUAGGUAGCGUAGGUACCUAUGGAACCUUGUAGGCUUAUUAGGUCCAAGCCACAAAAGUUGACGGAUCCUUCGCGAAGCCGCGCUGAUGAUUUAAAGCACUGCCACAACAACGACGUCGUCAGUGGAUGAAAACGACCUAAGUCACUAAGUCAGGUUUACUACAAGUCACUUUUACAUACAUUUGCUACUACACUACUUUACUACUAAUUUCUGCCUUGCUUGCCGUCACCUGCUGCAACCUCUACUUCGCCCUUGAUACUACUUUUCGCUUUUCAACUACUCAACUAUUACCUCGCAAUCCAUUAGUGUAGUAUUGCUUCCCCCUGAACGCUACGCAGUAAAGACUACAAGGAAACAUCCUCAUUCCGAAUCAAUACCCCCACUAAACCAUACAUCGCAAUCAGAACCACUACAAACAGAUUAUUUCAACCUCGCAGACUUGCAGACUUGCAGACUCGCAGAGCGAUGAGCUUCCGAGGCUUCCAGAAAAGCGUCAUUCGAGCGCCGCAACAAUUUAAAGCCAAGUUUAACAUUGGCGAACACUCAAAAGAUCCCGUAUUCAUCGAUGCAGAGCGACGUUUCCAGGAGCUCGAAGUCGAGACAAAACACCUCCACGAUGAGAGUAAGAAGUAUUCCGAUGCCAUCAACGGCAUGCUCAACCACCAGAUCGAGUUCAGCAAAGCGAUGACCGAGAUCUACAAACCCAUAUCAGGUCGCAUGUCAGAUCCCGACUCGAUAGAGGUUCAAGGCAACCCCGAAGGCAUCCGCGCUUGCGAGGAGUAUGAGGCUGUCGUCAAAGAUCUACAAGAAUCGCUUAAGCCCGAGCUUGAGAUGAUCGAGUCGCGAGUUAUUCGUCCCGCGAAUGAAUUACUUGACGUACUCAAGGUCAUCAGGAAAACAGCAACAAAACGUGAACACAAGAAGCUCGACUACGACCGACAUAAUGCGACACUUAAGAAAAUACAAGAUAAAAAAGAGAAGAGUGCCAAGGACGAGAAGGCCUUGUGGAAAGCAGAGAGCGAUGUCGAGCAAGCUACGCAAGAAUUCAAUUACUUCAAUGAUCUCUUGAAGGACGAACUACCUAAGUUGUUCACUCUUGAACGCCAAUUCAUCAAGCCGCUAUUCCAAUCAUUCUACUAUAUGCAACUGAAUAUCUUCUAUACGCUCCAUGAGAAAAUGCAACAUUGCGAUAUUGGAUAUUUCGACUUAACGCUUGAUGUAGAAGAGGCAUUUUUGAGGAAGCGGGCAGAUAUCCUGGAACAGACUGAACAGCUAACCAUUGUUCGAUUUAAGACCAGCGGCCAGAAGAAGCCGCCACCCAAGUACGCGAACAAGCCAGCAGCAUUAGAGGCGGGACCACGGCCUGCUGGAUUACUCACUGCAGGCCCAUCAUCCGCACCGAGCCCAGCAUCAGUUAAAUACGGCCAAGAGUCGCAGCCAGAGCUUGUAGAGAACCCUCCUCCGCCAUAUUCCGCAUCAUCAGCUGCCUUCAAAUCGCCACUAUCUCCACCUCCAAGUGGCCCCAAAUCGCCUGGGCUAGCAGCGCUUGCAGCAGGGAAGCCAAAACCCCCUCCGCCGAAACCUAAGCCCAGCCGACUUAGCGGCGCGCCAGCCGUAGAAACAGCUACUGCUUUAUACGAUUAUUCAGCCCAGGCCGAGGGUGAUAUCAGUUUUAGGGCAGGAGACGUAAUAGAAAUCGUUACCAGAACAUCAAAUGAGAACGAGUGGUGGAUUGGCAAGUGUCAUGGUAAACAGGGCCAAUUUCCUGGAAACUAUGUGAGACUGGGCUAGAGAUCUGCCUUUCGACCAUCGAGAUACUGUAGGAACUGGGACAUAAUACAGCUAGGCCGUAUGGCGCAUAGCCAUCACACGGCAAGUAUCUCAGAACUUCAGGGGGUGUCUUUGUGAUAGCAUUAGUCAGUAAAUAUUGGGCUAUUGCUGGAACCUAUGCUGGACUUCUGGAAGCGGGAGAAGAUAUGAGAGGCAGUUGGAAUGGUCAGUUCAGCAAUCAAAUCGACGACUCCCGAUGAAAUAACCUAUAGGAACAUAAGACAACGAGCCGUAAUAUUGCUCGUAUUUGUA